AUGUCCGAAAUCAAGAAUAAUGAAUCUAGUUCAAGAACUGGAACUGAAUAUAAACUAUCUGUGAGUAGUAACCCCGGGUCUAGAAGAUCAUCGAUUGCCAGCAUAAACGUAAACGAUAAUAUCAAUGGUAGAACUGGAAAUGUGAAUGGAGGUGGAUUUGAAAAGGAGGGAGACCAGAAUGUACUUCAGGAGUAUUUGGUUCCCCAAAUUAGAGAAUUGACAGAUUCAAUAGUGACAUUAGAUAGUAACUUAGCACGUUUGAAUACGAUUCAUGAUAACCUUAUCGAUUUAAAUGAAUCGUUUGGUUCAUUAAUAUAUGGGAUAUUGUGUACAUCUGCUUGUACAGAUUUUCCGGGUGUUUCUUUGGACAUUGAAAGAGAAUUAAGGGCCAUUAAACGUGUACAAACAUUACAACAAGAAAGAUUACAAUUGGAGGAACAACUUCAUUCAUUGAAAACAAGAUCAUCCCUGAGUACCAAUAAUAGUAAACCUUCAUCAGGGAAAUUUUCUGAACCAUUAUUUCCAGCAAGAGGCACCACAACGAAUUAUAGGACUUACAACGUUCCUAGAAGGAGAUCUACCAAGAAUAAUAACAAUCCUGAAAAUGAAAACAUAUAUGAUGAUAACAAUAGUGAGGAAUCAUUUGUGUUGAAUCCUCCAGUUCAGAAACAAGUAUCAUCAAUUGGAAACCCAGGGUAUGCAACGAAGCAGAGAUCCAUGGCUAAUUCUAACUCCAAACAAUCAGGCAAAUUAAGAAGGAGGUCAAUCCUGCAUACCAUUAGAAAUAGUUUAUUAGUAGAUGAUAAUGUUGGAAACCAACGUUCAAAUAAUAACCCGAGGGGCUCCAAUAACUUAGAAAGACCUUCAUUAGGUGGAUUACCCACAAGAAACAUAGAUAGAACAGCCCAAGAGGGACCACGGAGAAAUACCUUUUCUGCUGCGUUUAAGAAUAAUGAAUCUUCAAGAAGAGUUACAAAAAUACGGCCACAAUCGAAACCCAAAUCAAUUAAUGAAAGGCCACCAUUUAGGUAG